GCUUCCUCUUGCUGUUCGUCCUGCCACUGGUCUGCAGACACUUGCUUCUUUUUCUAACUUCCCCUCCUGAGAAAGGGGAGAGAAAUACUAGAGAAACAAAAGUCCAGACUGCUAAGGUUGCCACUCUCACUUCCUCUUGCCCCUAGCGCAGCGCUGCUUUGAAUACAGGAAUCGCUGUGGGGCACCAGAGUGAGGGAAAGAAGAGCCGCGAGGCUGAGGCUGCAGGGGGAAGGCAGUUACAGCUCAUCGGGCUUUCGCAGAGCCGGUUCUGGUUGCAGAAAAUGCCAGGAUGAUGUCUCCCACCCGCCUGGCUGGGACUCUGAUCCCAGCCAUGGCCUUUCUCUCCUGCCUGAGACCUGAGAGCUGGGACCCUCACGUGCAGGUACGCACCAUUCUGAGUGCUGAGGACAUAGCAGAGAGCAAGACCAUCAAACCUUACAACCGGGUGGCUCCUAACAUCACUUACCAGUGCAUGGAGCUGAAGUUCUACAAAAUCCUUGAUAACAUCUCCACAUCAGCCAAGACACUGGACCUGAGCUUUACCACCCUGAGGUGUUUAGGCAACUAUAGCUUCUCUAGAUUCCCAGAACUGCAGGUGCUGGAUUUAUCCAGGUGUGAUAUUGAGAUGAUUGCAGAUAAUGCAUAUCAAGGCCUAAACCAUCUCUCCACCUUGAUAUUGACGGGAAACCCUAUACGGAGUUUAGCCAUGGGAGCCUUUUCUGGACUAUCAAGUUUACAGACACUGGUGGCUGUGGAGACAAACCUGGCAUCCCUAGAGGUCUUCCCCAUUGGACACCUGAAAACUCUGAAGGAGCUUAAUGUGGCUCACAAUCAUAUCAAUUCCUUCAAGUUACCUGAGUAUUUUUCUAACCUGACUAACCUGGAGAACUUGGACCUUUCUAAUAACAACAUCCAAAAUAUUCAUCAUGAAGAUGUGCAGGUUCUACAUCAAAUUCCCCCAUUCAAACUCUCUCUAGAUCUGUCCCUCAACCCUUUAGACUUUAUCCAACCAGGUGCCUUUGAAAAAAUUGAGCUCCGUGAACUGACUUUGAGAAGUAAUUUUAAUAGUACCAAUGUAAUGAAAACUUGUAUUCAAGGUCUGGCUGGUUUAAAAGUCGAUCGGUUGGUUCUGGGAGAAUUUAAAAAUGAAAGGAUGAUACCAGAGUUUGACAAAUCUGCCCUGAAGGGACUAUGCAAUUUGACUAUUGAAGAAUUCCGAAUAGCAUUCUUCGAUAAUUUCCCAGAGGAUGACCUUGGCUUUUUAAAUUGUUUGGCAAAUGUUUCUACAGUUUCUCUGGUGAAUCUGCGUUUAGACAGGUUAGGAACUCCUCCUAAAGAUUUCAAAUGGAAAAACUUAAAAUUGGCUAAUUGUCAUUUGAAACAUUUUCCCAUACUGGAGCUUGACUUUCUCAAAGAGUUUGUUUUCACUGACAACAAAGGUAUAUCCCUUUUUACUGAUGUUCAUCUACCAAUCCUGGAGUUUCUAGAUCUCAGUAGAAAUGGCUUGAGCUUCAAGGGUUGCUGUCAUCACAAUGAUUUUGGGACAACCAGACUGAAACACUUAGAUUUGAGCUUCAACGAUGUUAUUACCAUGAGUUCAAACUUCUUGGGCCUAGAGCAACUAGAAUAUCUGGAUUUCCAGCAUUCCAACUUGAAACAGGCCAGUGAUUUUUCAGUAUUCCUAUCGCUCAGAAAACUCCUUUACCUUGAUAUUUCUUAUACUAAUACGCAAGUUGUCUUCCGUGGAAUCUUUGAUGGCUUGGUCAGCCUCCGAGUCUUGAAAAUGGCUGGCAAUAAUUUUGAGAAUUACUUCCUUCCAAACAUCUUCACAGACUUGACAAACUUGACCUUCCUGGACCUCUCUAAUUGUCAACUAGAACGAGUGUCCCAGGAGGCAUUUGGCUCACUCCCUAAACUUCAGUUGCUAAAUAUGAGCCACAACAACUUCUUUUCCUUGGAUGUACUUCCUUAUAAACAUCUCCCUCUCCAGAUUCUGGAUUACAGUUUUAAUCAUAUAGUGGCUGCCAAGAGUCAAGAACUACAGUAUUUACCAAGUAGCCUAGUUUCCUUAAAUCUUACUCAGAAUGAGUUUGCUUGUGUUUGUGAACACAUGAGUUUCCUACAGUGGGUCUGGGACCGCAGAAUUCUCUUGGGGGGAGCUGAGCAAAUGAUGUGUGUGAAGCCUUUAGAGAUGCAGGGUAUGUCUGUGCUCAGUUUUAGAAAUGACACCUGUCAGAUGAAUAAGACUAUUAUUAGUGUGUCAGUUCUCUCUGUACUGGUGGUAUCUGUUGUAGCAGUUCUGAUCUAUAAGUUCUAUUUCCACCUGAUGCUUCUGGUUGGCUGCAAGAAGUACAGCCGAGGUGAAUGCACCUAUGAUGCCUUUGUUAUCUACUCAAGCCAGGAUGAGGACUGGGUGAGGAAUGAGUUGGUCAAAAACUUGGAGGAGGGGGUGCCCCCCUUUCAGCUCUGCCUUCACUACAGAGACUUUAUUCCUGGUGUAGCCAUUGCCGCCAACAUCAUCCAGGAGGGUUUCCACAAAAGCCGCAAGGUUAUCGUUGUUGUGUCCCAGCAUUUCAUCCAGAGCCGAUGGUGCAUCUUUGAGUAUGAGAUUGCCCAGACCUGGCAGUUUCUGAGCAGUCAUGCCGGCAUCAUCUUCAUUGUCCUGCAGAAGUUGGAGAAGUCCUUGCUCCGGCAGCAGGUGGAGCUAUAUCGCCUUCUCAGCAGGAACACUUACCUGGAGUGGGAGGACAGUGUCCUGGGGCGGCACAUCUUCUGGAGACGACUCAGAAAAGCCUUGCUGGAUGGUAAAUCAUGGAAUCCAGAAGGAACGGAGGAUGCAGAAAGCAGCCAACAUGAAGCAACAACCUCCACUUGAGGAGCAAACGCUCCUCAGGUGCUUCUUGCCUGGGUGGACCCACUACUUGUUCAGCUGCAACAUGGCAGGUGUUGCACUCAGGGCAGGUGAUUCAGUGGUACACAAGAUACACAGGCCUGCUGAUCUCAUGGGGUUCACAGUGCCAAGGGAAUAAAUACUGUGCUGAAAUACAGACCCUCCAGGUGAAUGUUUUAACCACCUCAGUUAAGGUGUUCAUGAUAGAGAAAGUCAACUCAACUCUUACCCCACAUAACUGAAUUAUAACUAAGAGACUGGCCCCCAUGACAUCAGAAAAGGAUGUAAUUCUUCCCCUGAGCCUUUGGAAUGGAAAGCACCUUAUAUUUUACACUGUGGCUACCUUAAAACACAGCAGUGGAGGUAGUUUCAACUAAGCUGGGCCUUUGCUCACUUUUCCCUUUUCUACUGAAUACAAUUUAAAUAAUAUACGCUGAUGAUUCAGAUCCUCCUUCCACUUCAAGUCAGUUUCCUUACAAAGGUUAAAACCUUGCACCAGUUCCCUAAGGAAAUCCGAGUGACACAUAUUCACAAACAUCCUGGUCAAUUUUUUAGCAUGUUCUAUUUAUUAACUAAUAGUCCAGGGUAUAUUAGGUUUUUAUAAAUUCAGUUCUCAUUUUACAUGUCUUCCCUAUAAACCUUGAAUUUAAUAAGGUUGUUAGAGACAUGCUGGAAAUAAACAUUAUUGAACCACUGUCUUUCAAGCAAAUGUGUAAAAUGCACUUUGUCAUUUGAUGUCAUUCUAAAUAUAUUACCUACUAAGGUAUGACUGUCAGAAAGGUAGCAUUAAAAUAAUUUGGUUGAAAGUGGCACUUAUUGUAAUGGGGGAGAGAUGUCCGUCUUCCUGGUGUCAUAAUGAGCAAUCUGGGCUGUCAGAAGGGCAGGAUGGCCUCUGGAGCUCAGUGCUUCUGGUCAAUCCCAGAAAAGCACGCACUGAUGCAGCCAGGGUGACCACAUGACAAGAGCUGAAGCCAAGGUUUCUUCUGCAUCAAAUGAGUAUUGUUUGAUGAGACAGUGAAUCCCUCAGGGGACUGUGAGAUGAUUCAAGGUGGGAGCACACACUGUUCUUCCUGCUGGGUAUCACUCUGUGACCACAUUUAUGAAAGAGUAGAUAUUCUCACCGAGACAAUAUGUUCCUGGGAUUAAGGUGGGUCAUGGUAAGGUGAGUUCUCAGAAGAGCUCUCACUCAGCUUUCUCAGAAUGGUGCAUCAAAGAAAGCAAUGAGGACAUUUGGAAAAUACAGCUGUCAAAACUGGAAAUAUGGCCACAUGCAGAAAUGUGUCUGUCACUGAGUGUUUCAGUGUAUAUUUUGGUCUGAGCAUGGCUGGAGUUGCUGAACAUGCCUGGGUGUGUUUCUAGGUCUUAAUGUGCUAGUGAAAGUAGUUGCAUGUAUUCAUGCACAUGCCUCUGUGUGUUCUUGGCUGUGUCUGUGUGUAUGAAGAGGAUCUGUGUUUGUGUGAUCAUGUCCGCGUGGACAAGAAUGCUUAUGUUGUAAGGGGGAUAUGCACACUGAUGUGGAAUUCUAUAGCUGUUUGAGUUCUGUACUCCUGUGUGUGUGUGUGUGUGUGAUUUGCUUAAACAGGUACCAGCGUUAGAUUAUGAGUAGCUUGAAGGCCUGUCUUUGUGUAUGUCCAGGCCAUACAUGACAUGUGCUCAGGCUCAUAUCAAAGUAUAUGUCUGCAUAUGUGUUUUAGUUUAAGCAAAUAUACGAGACUGCAAGGAGGAAAAUCAAAAUAUGACUGGUAUGUAGGUGUCUUUCCCAUAAGCCCCUUCUCCCAGCUGGGAAUUCUGAAAACUCAGAGUGAAGUUAGAUGAGAAAGGAAAGAAAUGAUAUGAUAGAAACAGAAGGGGGAGAAAGAGGAAAGGUAGGCCCAGGGUCAGGCUUUUGAAUUUAUUUAAAUUCUCUAGAUUAAAGAGACAUGAAGGGUAGAACAGAGAAAUUAAUAUAAUUAGGAAGCCUUAAAUGUAUAUAAUACCCUACAAAGUAGAACAUAUCUACACAGUUGUAACCACAUUUGAAUCUCUUAUUAUCCAGGUGAAAUAGCAGGCUAAGAAGUAGUUUCCCCAUUUUACUGAUUUGAAACCUGAUGUUCAAGGGAGUAAACGUACUGUCAUUAGGCCACAGAAUAAACGAGUGGCCGAGCCUGCACAUGGGACUCUGGGUUUCUUGGGGCCAUGCAAUUUCCACUGCACCUUACUGCUUCACGCUUAAUGCUGGCAAGUGAGAAGUGAAACCCUGGCCGUUCUCUGUGUGGUUGACACUUGUCAAGUGUUUUUCACCAAAACCAUGAAUCAUUAGGCAAAUGCAUAUGCAUAUAUAUAUUAUAUAGACUGUAUGAUUUGUUUAUAACACAUUUCUUUCCAUGAAGGACAUGAAGGAGAUUCAACCACAGUAUACAUGAACAAUAAGUUUAAUCAAUAAUAACUCAAAAAUCUGGGUGAAGAACAAAAAGAGGAAAGAAAGACACCAAGAGUAAGCCUUUAGCAUACUGUUUCCCAUCCAAACUCCAGAGAGAUAGUUUUAAACAGUGUGGCUUUUGGAGGAAGACAAAAGUCACAUUUACUGUUUCCUACAUGUGCUUUGGGCUUCUCUUCUCUGAAAAUCUACUUAACUUAAAUAUACAAAGAGGGUAGGUAGACUAUUACUCUGUAAAGCUGUUGUAAGUAUUUAAAAUAAUAUAUGCAUAAUAUAAGGUACAUGAUUUGUAUGGGUGAGUGACCCUCUGGGACUUUACAAAGAUUACAUAAGGAAAAUCACUAAGUGCUCUUUCCAAUAACAGCAUUUUAGCAAUUGCUGUUUUCCCAACCUGUGUAACCACAGGAGGCCUGUGACUGUAAUCGGACAGUUUCUUUCUGACUUGGCUUAUACCCCUGGGGUUGUCAGAACCCCAGCCUCCUUGGGGACUAUAUAGCCUUUCUAGAAAUAACCAACAGGAUUCCGGAGGGUCUUACGAGAACUCAGAAGAAUCCUCAUAAGAAUCGUAGAGCUCUGGGGGGACAGAGAACAUGUCUGUUCAUCCUUUGCUUUCCCAGCCCUAAGCUCGAUGGUCUGUGGUCAGCAUCUGUUUAUUUGAAGAAUUGAUGAGUUAAUGAAGAACCAUAUUUAUAGGGAAUGCUGUCCUCUCUGCUUCCCAGAAAAGUUCCCCAACUCCUACACCAUUCUAGUUUUGGGGCUCUUGACUUCCUCUGCUGUUCCUUAUUUCUGUUGUUAUCUACCAUUUUCUCAGUCACUUCUUCCAUGUGGUUCCUUAAUUCCAAGUAUUUCAAAAGUUACUUUGCAGAGUGGAGAAGAGGACCUGCCUUAUAAUAGUUAUCUUUAAUGGUUAUUUUUAGGUCCUCUUCUCCUGCUUUAUGUAGGCCAUCUAAUUUAAAUUCCCACACCAUGCCUAUGAGAUGGGCACUAGUAAUAUCAGCACUUUUAUCCAGUAGGAAACUGGGGUCUGGAGCUGUAAGUAACUUAUUCAAAGUCACACAGGUAAUAAAUUUUAGAGUUUGCAUUUAAACCCAGUACCUGAUAUUAAAGGCCAACUAACUAUGUCAAAAAGUUUCUCUAAUGCCUUCCCUCUAUUUCAUAUACAGAUUGGAAUGUUACUUCUCCUUAGUUUUAUUUUCUCAUCAUUAUAGCCAGGGUUCAACAUUAGAACCAGGUAUGAUGGUUAAACUGAAGGAUGGGUGUAAGGCUAAAGGAUGGCUGUAAGAGGCAUUAGGUACUUGAAACCAACCAUUUUCUCCAACAGUGAUGGACUAAGCCUCUUCUACUUCAACUCUCUUUUCUGAUGGAGUAAAUUCUUUCUCCAUGAGGCUCCAGUGCCGACAGGUCCAUCCAGAUAGUCCCAGCUCUUUUCUGUAUAUAUACCAAUGACCCACUGCUUUCAUCUGGGAUUCAUUAUUUUGUUAAAAUUAGAUCAAUGUAAUUCUUAUUAAAAUACAAAUGAAAUAUUUCACAGAUUUAGAACAAACAUUUAAAAAAAUUAUAUGGAACCAUAAACAACCCCGAAUAGCCACAGCAAUUUUGAGAAAGAAGAACAAAGUCGGAGGUAUCACAAUACCUCAUAUCAAACUAUAUUACAAGGCCACAAUAAUCAAAACAGUCUGGCAUUGGUAUAAGAACAGAUGCAUAGACCAAUGCAACAGAAUAGAGAGCCCAGAAAUAAACCCAAAUCUCUAUGGUCAAUUUAUAUUUGAAAAAGGGGCAGGGGCAUAAAGUGGAGUAAAAAUAGCCUUUUCUACAAAUGGUGUUGGGAGAUCUGGACAACUUAAUGUAAAAAAAUGAAACUCCACCACCAACUUAUACCAUGUGCAAAUAUAAACUCGAGAUAGAUAAAAGGCUUAAAUAUAAGUCAUGACAUCAUAAAAAGCCUUGAGGAGAACACAAGCAGGAAAAUCUCAGAUAAUCCAUGCAGCAAUAGUAUUACUGAUAUGUCCCUUAGAGCAAGGGGCAUAAAAAAGAGAAUAAACAAAUAGGACUUUAUCAAAAAAUGUUCUGCAUGUCUAAAGAAAACAGUAGUGAAGUGAAAAGGGAACCCACCAUAUGGGAAAAUAUAUUUGCCAAUGAUACCUCAGACAAGGGUUUGAUCUCCAAAAUAUAUAAAGAACUCACAGGACUCUACUCUAGGAAGACAAACAACCCAAUUAAAAAAUGGGCAGAGGACCUGAACAGACACUUCUUCAAGGAGGACAUACAGAAGGUCCAGUGACAUACGAAAGGAUGAUCAAUAUCACUAGCCAUCAGAGAGAUGCUAAUUAACACCACAAUGAGACACCACUUCACACCAAUGAGAAUGGCCAUCAUAGACAAAUCAACAAACAAGAAGUGCUGGCAAGAUUGUGGAGAAAAGGGAACCCUAGUGCACUGUUGGUGGGAAUGCAGACUGGUGCAGCCACUGUGGAAAACAGUAUGAAACUUCCUCAGAAAACUAAAAAUGGAACUGUGUUUUGACCCAGCAAUUUCACUUCUGGGAUUAUACUCUAAGAACACUCAAACACCAAUUCAAAAGAACCUGUGCACCCCAAUGUUAAUAAGAGCACAAUUUACAAUAGCCAAGUGCUGGAAGCAACCUAAGUGUUCAUCAGUAAAUAAGUGGAUCAAAAAACUAUGGUACAUUUACAUAAUGGAAUUCUAUGCAGCAGAAAGAAAAAAGGAGCUCCUACCCUUCAUGACAGCAUGGAUGGAUCUGGAGAGCAUUAUGCUAAGUGAAAUAAGCCAAGCAGUGAAAGACAAAUACCAUAUGAUCUCACCUCUAAGUGGAAUCUAAUCAACAAAAAAACCAAGCAAACAAAAUAUAACAAGAGACUUCGAAAUAAAGAACAAACUGACAGUAACC